ACCAAAUUCGAACUCAAAGCCAGGAGUCGAGCCAAAGGGUCGAAGAGUUCGUUCCCGAAACGGCGCAAAAAGAGAGGACUCUGGUUUCCAACAGCGAACACCACAAAACCCCCUGUCAGUGAUACCCGCUUGGCCAGAGCCGCAAGUUCCGGUUCUGUUCCGCCGCGCAGUUCUACCUUCCCCACUACUCAAUCUCUCCCUCAACGAUCAGAAACUGAAACAUUACGACCAGUCUCCAACAACAUUCGAAUCAAAAUGGGGCCAACGCCGCCAUCUGGCAAGCAGUCCGACGCUGUCGCAGAUCUGAGAUCAGCCCUACCAGACUGGAUGCUGCAUCCAGAACCUGAACCAGAACCGCAGCCAGAGCCAGAGCCAGAGUUGGCAGUCCACCAGUCGCAUAACCCAGAGCCUUCAUUUCCAGUAUCGGAAGAGGCUCAGUCGCAACCUCCACCACCCCCACAACCUCAACAAUCUUCAUUUCCCGUUUCGGAAGAAGCCCAGUUGCAGCACACAGAGCCUGCAGUUCCAAUGUCCGACAUGACCCAUUUACAUCACCCGCAGCCGUCAAUCUUAUCCGAGGCCGGUCCAGGUCCAGGUCCUUCUCCCCCCAUUGCGGUACCAAUAUCAAGCCGGAGCCUUCCUCGGCGUGACGCAGUGGAAGAAUUGCGAGAAGCCAUCGGUCUUCACGAUGGCAGUUUAUUUGAGGCCCCACAAAGCCACUACCCUGAAGAAGCCCUCACGCUUUCUUCUACCGAGCUCCCUGUUAUCGGCAGCCAUCAUCAGCACAACACCGAGAUGGAGUAUGAGAAUUUACCAACGACAGUUGCUCCGUCGGAUCUAACGACCUCUGUGGAUCUCUCACACGGUGUAGGCGAAGGCCCAGCCAUGUCGAACCCUCUGUUCUCGGUUCACGAUGUACAACCACUGGGGACCGCCGAGGUGGAUUCCGAUCACGACGCGGCACACGACAUCGAUGAAAACUCUAUUGAGCUUCGACAAUUCGUGGUAACUCUACCCAUGGCGGCCAACACCCGGUCGCUCUAUGUCGAUGUUAUUGCUCAAAACCUGCAGGCGAUGACUGAGUUUGGCGAUGUCUACUGCGAACCAGGCUUGCAAGCUCCGGACGAUGCUCUGACGGCCAAGAUUGAUGCCUUUUUCAGGCGAUUGAACGACCUGGUUGACCUCCCAGCAUUCGACGACGACACAUUCCAUCAACUCAACUCUGAAGGCAUGCUGAAGCAUGCUAUCAAUUCCAACAGCAAGUUCUCCUUUGUCUAUGAGUUUCUCAAGACGCUGCGGUGGCUCAACGACCGCAUCUUAAUCGUGGCACGCCCAGGAAGGACCCUGAAAUACCUUGAGGAAAUCGUCGCACAAGAGGUUCCCUUGUCCCAGCUGAACAAGACGUAUGCAGUCUUGAGUACCGAGUCGCCGGAGCACGUCAGCGAGGCGGCCAGGGUGAUUGUGGCAGAAGCUGGCCAAGAUCUUUCCAAGAUUGGCGGGCAACUCGAUGUCGUCAUUCUCUUCGACCAUGAAGCCAGGCAGGUCGACCUGCCUCCCAAGCUCAGUUGCGAAUCGACAAUAUUCCUGUCCCUCGCCACCAUUUGCUCUUUGGAGCACAUUUUACUACAGCUCCGUGAAAUGCCUUCGUAUCCCGAUAUGUCACCUCUGGAGAUCAGCAAUGCGCUUUGCCAGGUGACCGCAUUGCUGGUCAGGCAUCUCAAGGACCCUGAAUACGCACCUCCACCUCAUGAGGUUGCCGCCGCAUUUGCCAGCUUUCUGGAAAACCCCGAGAACGAUAUUGAUUACGUGUCUCAACCCCUCCCAAUCAGCGUGGACGAGAUGUGGGAGUCACAACCCCAAACUCAAGCUGAUAAUGGCGAGUUGGGUCGUCGGAAGCGUCCCUUGGAUGAUGACCAAGACAUGAUGUCGAAGCGUCGAAAGACCACGCGAGCUUCGUCCUCGGUGCCCAUGUCUGAGCUGCUGAGAGACACUUUAGCGCGCCACCCUGUUAAUAACGAGCGGUCGGCAGAGAUGGCCGAAGUGCCGGUUGCCCAGUUGGAGGGUAUGGCGUACCAAAUAUUCAAGCUUGAGAACCGGGUUGACGAUCUCAGCACCGUGAACGCGAAGUUGCGUGCACAUACUGAUCCUCUAGAGAAGGAACUUGAGUCAUGGAGAGGCACCCUCAACACGCUUCACGUGAGAUAUACAGAAGCUCUCAACGACCGGUCCGACUUUGAGAAGGAAUGCAAGCAGGCCAACAAGGUCGCGGCAGCAGCCACGGAGAAGCUCGAGAAUGUCAAGGCCGAGGUCGCGUCGCUCAAGGAGCAUAACAAGGCGCUUGAAUUCAAGCUUGCCGAGGCCACACUGGCGAUGGAACAGUCAACCGUCCCCGACAUUGCCCGGUUUGCCCAGCUCGAGAAGGAACUCGCCGAAACCAAAGCCAGGGCAGAAAAGGCUGAGAAGAAGGCUGCUGCCUUGUCAAACGAAGCCGACUUUGUCCGUCAGAAUUACCAGAACGCCUCCAGUUAUCAACAGGAGCAGAACCACGAGAUGAAGAGGCUCAGGGAAGAGAUUGCAGUUCUCACUACGCGGGCCAACGAGAAUAUCGUCAAGAUUCAGCAGAUUCACGCAGCCAAUGAGCUGGCUUAUCAUCAGCGUCAACUUGCCGAACUACAGGACAUGGUCCGGGAUCGCGAAAGGGAGCUGGAUCUUUUGAGGACGGAGAAUCAACAGCUCAAGAGCGGCCGCAGGGAAACGAGGGGAGGAAGCACCCCGCGCAGCCCGCGGAUAGGCGCUAUGGGAGGGGUGAUGCCCAGCCCGAGACCUGGAAGAGGUGGUGCUGGCAGCAGGGGGACUAGUCCUGCCGCUGCGGCGAGUUCGGAUCCUGCCGUGCCUGGUAUGGCCUACGCGCCGGCUGGGGCGAAUGGGCGGCGGCAUCACCUUCGCGAACACCUUCGCGAUUAG